AUGACCUCAAAUCUUUCCCCAGAAGAGCGAAGGUUCAUUUUUACUCAGCACAUUGACGCUAUAAAUUUCAUCGACCCCAACCCCUUGUUAGACCUCAGUACAUUGUCCUUCCCAGCAUGGAGGGAUGAAUUGAUCAGAUCUUUCGUCAAAGAUAAAAAGACGAAGGAUCCCAAUUCGCUCCUGCCAUCGCGGUCGCGACUGGAAAGGAUGAUCCGGGACAAGACAGCAAUUGCCGCUGACCCCGGCGUCAUUUUGGACGUACCGGAGGGCUACAAGGGAACUCCGGCAUCGUAUAAGAAUUCCUUGAAGCACGACCACGACCUUAAUGAUGGCGUACUCAAGGAGAAGUACUUUGCAAAAGGGGAAGAUAAAAGCAAGGUGGAAUGGAAGGAAGUAGUACCAGCCGAGAAGUUUUGGGCUCUCUUCGCAGAGAAUCAUUUGUCUGGCCACUUUGGCAGGGACAAAUGGUUUGUAAGCGUAGGCUCAAUAAAGUAUCUCCCCAAGAGGACCAUUGGGGACAUGAUACUUGGCUGUUGUGGUUCUUGUAGUGGAAGAAAGAAGGAAAAGAGGGAGCUGCCAGUCGAAGGAGACGCUGUAGAAGGUCCAGCCGCCAAAAGACGCAUGGAUGUCGGUCAAUUUGACCAAGCCCUUCCUUUUCCCGAUUUUGCGGGUGAGAUUGGGCCUGAUUUCGUCGCCCCUCCACGCUGUCACUUGGCCAGCCCUUCGUCGGCUCUCUACGCUUCUGGUCCCUCUAAUCCUGAUGUCGGUGGGUCGGCUAUCAAUGGUGAGAACCGGCAAUUCCAUGAGUAUUCCAGCCCUUCUGAGGAUAAGGAACUCUAUGACGGUGAAUUUCAUGAUUCUCCUGAAGUUGCCGCUUCUGCUACCACUCCGACUCCACCUUCAUCUCCUCCUUUACCUCCUACUUCGACUCCCUUCUCGUCUCUUUAUACUAGGCUUGAAGAAGCCUUGCUAGCGGAUGAUAUGGUUUUGUUUGACCUUGUCCCUUUAUAA